GCAGAGAUUCCCACACUCAAUAUCAUAUUCAAUUGCAUUCUUAUUUUAUAUACUUAUCAAGGCAGAUAUGACGCAUUCGCGAGACAUUUUGCAACAAAAGAAUGUCGAACUGGCGGAGGCUCUUAGAGAUAAAAAUCGCAAGCUUUACUUAUAGCAUCUUUAUAAUAUCACAACAACAGUAUCCUUAUCACAGGCAUAACCCUUCUCUAUCCAGGAGCACCGUUUACCAUCAAAAUCAGAGCCGUCACUCUGCUACCCUGCCGUCUGCUUCUCAGAGUGGCGGCCCUGCUCACCGACCAACCUUAGCCGUCCUUCGCCUCGAUUUCCCCAAUGUCUCGGAUUUCCCGCGGGAGGGAUGGCGUAGGGGAGAGGGAAACGGCUCGGGCUCUCUCAAGGCCUGGUUGCAGCACGUGCAGGCAAGCGACAUGUACAAUGAUACAUCACGGGAAACCGAGGAGACUCUGUGGAAACCGGCCCUUAGCGGACGCUGCAAUGGUUGAUGCUUCGGUCUCCGGUCCCUCUACUGGGGCUGUCGACGCCACAAGUUAUGGCACGGCGGAGGGCAGCCCUGGGAACUCACCAAAACUUUGUUUUACUAUCAUCU